UGAGGGCGCCGAAGAGGAGGGAAAUUUAAACAGUGCGGACUGAGUUCAGUGACAGGAGGAGGAACUGAGUCGCUCGACGAAAUCAGUUUGGGAGAUAAAUGUAAUUUAUAACCUUCAUAGUCAGUCAGGGUGUUUGUGUGCGGACACGUGCUUUGUUUGAAACGUGUCUAGAGCUCUUUGUCACAGAAUGGAGACUCAUCUGGAUCAGAUUCUAGACUCACCAUCCAAAAACAGCUACAUCGGGAGCUAUUACCGACCUCCGGACAGGAUACUACCCAUCCCGAGACAGCUGGAUCUCACCGCUCACUCAUCCAUCAGCAUGGACCCAAACAUGACCAGCCCUCGAUUGUCUCAGGCCAAGCCUAAUGCUGACAGCAGAGCUGUUGUUGAAGCACUGAAGACCCUCCAGGAGAAAAUCAGACGGUUGGAGCAGGAAAGGAUGCAUGCAGAGAAGAGCUACAAGGAGUAUUCCCACAAUGCUCCGAAACAACAGCAGGCUACAUCAUCUUACACAGUGCUCAGUCAACCAGCAGCAAGCUUGGCUGACACAGACAACUCUGGAAGGAAAGAAGUCGAUCCGAGGGUCCAGUCUGCUGAGGCUCGGUGUAAGGUUCUUGAGAAGCAGCUUGACUACAUGAAGAAGAUGGUUGAAAAUGCCAAGAAGGAGAGGAAUGUUCUCAUGGAGGAUCAGGCUACACUGCAGAGCCAGCAACCCAGCAGCUCAAACAGACGAUCUCAGCGGGAGAAGCUUGAAAAACUUGAAUCAGAGUGUCUCAAGUUGAGUAGGACCCAAACCCUGGCAGAGAUGAAGCUUUCCAUUCUGGAGCAAAAACUACUGAAGGAAGAGCACGAGCGUAAACUUGUGCAGGAAAAAGCUGACGAGCUGCAGAAGGAGUUGGACAUAAACCUUCGAUUGUCUUUGCAAACUUCUGUAGAGAAGCCAAAGAAAACAAAAAAGACAACCAAGAAAACACCUAGACACAACGAGCUGGCAUCACCACGGCACACAAAAAUGCCCUUUGUGGCAGGAACCUCAACAAGCCCAAGCCAUUCAGUCCACGCAAACGUGCAGAGUAUACUCCACAUGAUGAAGCACCAUCAGCCCCAGCUGUGUGACCGAGUAAGCUCGCUGCAUACAUCUAGUGUUGGUGUCAAGAAAAGCCUCCAAAAGCACUUCACUGCUUCUAUCAGCACCUCUCAGAAGCCUGGCAAGGAGCCCCAACAAGCUGAUCAGCCGCUGGGCUCGCUGUCUGACCUGCUGCUGGCUCUGCAGGAUGAGCUGGGACAGAUGAGCUUUGAGCAUCAAGAGCUGAUGAGUCAGAUAGAUGCUGCUAAAAGUCGUGAGCAGAGGCAGGAUCUGGAGGGAGAGCUGGAGAGGUUGGUGGCAAGGAUGGAGGAGAAGGGAGUUCAGAUUACUAAGCUUCGCAGCCACCAGAAGAUGGUCCAUAAAUUGACCAAGAGUCAGCCAGAAACUGAUGAAAACACCACCAAGAAGCAGAGUGGUAUCAAACCACCUGCGCCUUCACCUGUGAAGUCAAAACAGAAAGGAAAGAAGAGUGGGGCCACUCACAACAACCUACAGCUCCUCAGAGAGACACAAAAGUUGAGAAACAGUCUCAAACAAGACGACCUCUCAUGGGAAACAUGAGGUUCUUCUCAGAAAGAGAUUUGUGUCCUGCCUGAUACUACAGCUGGUUGAUCCACAAGACUCCCCCUUGGUUUCUUACAGCGUGUUGUCCCCUUGUCUUGAAAUAGCUUCUAGGACAUUUGAAGUAAGAAAUAAAAGGAGGGUAUGAAUGUUCUACACAGGACCUGAUAAUGUGUUACUCACCAAACCUAUCAAAGGAUGAGUAAUGUAUUAAAUUCUGCACAUGCACAAUCAGAUGUAGAGGGUGUGUAGUUUAUGAACUAUAAUCUCAAAUGAAGCUUGAGUUAUCUAUUUUAAUUAUUACAGAUUUAAUAAAGCUUUUCUUGUUCA